UGUGCACCCCAAUACCUCACACAUCCCACUGUACAACGCAGUACACGGCACACCCAUCCCUGUGCACCCCAAUACAGCACACACCCAUCCCUGUGCACCCCAAUACAUCACACACCCAUCCCUGUGCACCCCAAUACAGCACACACCCAUCCCUGUGCACCCCAAUACAGCACACACCCAUCCCUGUGCACCCCAAUACACUGUGCACCCCAAUACAUGGCACACCCUGCUCCCUGUGCACCCCAAUACCUCACACACCCCAGUGUACAACCCAAUACACAGCACACCCAUCCUUGUGCAGCCCCAUACAGCACACACCAAUCCCUGUGCACCCCAAUACACUGUGCACCCCAAUACCUCACAAACCCCAGUGUACAACCCAAUACACAGCACACCCAUCCCUGUGCACCCCAAUACAGCACACACCAAUCCCAGUGCACUCCAAUACAUCACACACCCAUCCCUGUGCACCCCAAUACAUCACACCCAUCCCUGUGCACCCCAAUACAUCACACACCCAUCCCUGUGCACCCCAAUACAUCACACCCAUCCCUGUGCACCCCAAUACAGCACACACCCAUCCCUGUCCACCCCAAUACACUGUGCACCCCAAUACAUGGCACACCCCAGUCCCUGUGCCCCCGAUACAUGGUGCACCCCAGUAUAUGGCACACCCCAGUCCCAGUGCCCCCCAGUACACUCUGCACCCCAAUACAUGGCACACCCCAGUCCCGGUGCCCCCCGCGGACCCCAAAUCCCCACGCACCCCAAUUCCUGAGCAUCCAAAUCCCUGUGCAUCCCAAUCCCUGUGUACCCCAAUCCCUGAGCAUCCCAAUCCCUGCGCACCGCAACACCUGAGCAUCCCAAUCCCUGAGCACCCCAACACCUGAGCAUCCCAAUCCCUGAGCACCCCAACACCUGCACACUCCAAUCCCCGCGCACCCCAAUCCCUGCACAUCCCUAUCCCUGUGCACCCCAAAUCCCCGCGCACCCCAAUCCCCGUGCACCCCAAUCCCCGCGCACCCCAAUCCCUGCUCAUCCCUAUCCCUGCGCACCCCAAUCCCUGAGCACCCCAGUCCCCGCGCACCCCAAAUCCCCGCGCACCCCAAAUCCCCGCGCAUCCCAAUCCCUGCGCAUCCCUAUCCCUGUGCACCCCAAAUCCCCGCGCACCCCAAUCCCCGUGCACCCCAAUCCCCGCGCACCCCAAUCCCUGCUCAUCCCUAUCCCUGCGCACCCCAAUCCCUGAGCACCCAAAUCCCCGCGCCCCCCAAAUCCCCGCGCAUCCCUCUCCCCGUGUCCCCCCGUUCCCGCCGCUCCCUCCCGGCCCAUCCCGCGCUGCGGGGGCGGCCCCGGCCCGGCCGCUCUGGGGGUGCGGGGGCGUUUCCCGCCCCUCCCGUUGCGGGGGCGUUUCCCCGCGCCGGGGUCGCGCACGUCCGGCCCCGCCCGUUAAAUUCCGGGGGGCUGCGGGCUCGCCCCCUCCGCCGGGACCACCAUGGCCAGUGAGGCCGAGCCCGCCCGGCGCCGCCGCUGCUGCCGCUGCUGCUGCGGGCAGGACCCGCCCGACAUUCCCAAGGCCACGGAUUCCCGGCGGGGCUCCCUGUGCGACCGGCACUGCUCCACCACCAUCAACAACGACCUGGGCGACCUGGGCUGCCACCUGCACCGGCCCCGCGGCCCCAUGGCCACGCCCGAGGAGUGUGAGAGCUGCGCCAGGACCACCCUGACGGCCGAGAACGCCGUGGAGGCCAACAAGCUCUCCAACAACUACAAGUUCGGCUUCAAGAAGUGGAAGAGCCACGUGACGGCGCGGCCCUGGGAGGAGCGCUCCGACAUCGUCAAGGAGCUCUACUCCGACCUCACCGCGCUCCGGGGCCCUGCGGGUGAGGGCAGGGGGCAGCCCAGUGGGUUUGGGGGGGCUGCCAGUGCCAAUGGGUCCCAGCUGUGCCCCCCUAUCCCCGCAGGGUCCACGGUGACGUGUGGGAACGUCCUGUACCUGCUGCUCUUCGGCUGGUGGCUCUCGCUGCUGCACGGCCUGGUGGCCGCCGGCAUGUUCCUCACCGUCGUGGGGGCUCCUCACGGGCGGCUCUGCUGGGAUCUGGCCGGGUAUUUCCUGUGGCCCUUUGGCAAAGUGAUCCAGAAGGUGGAGGUGCCCAAAUCCCAGGAGGCUGGCGCGGGGGAGAGCUCGGCCCUGCUGGGGGGUCCCACCCCAGGCCGCUGGCGCCUGCGGUGCUGGGAGGGCACCGGAUACUGGCGCCGCGUGGGCACCGCGGCCUGGCUGUGCCUGGGGUACCCGGUGCUGGCCCUGUCCCACGGCCUGGUCUGUGUCACCUCCUGGCUGCUCAUCGUCACCAUCCCCGUGGCCAAGCUGAGCGCCCGCAGUGCCACCCGCGUCCUGCUGCUGCCCCCCGAGCGCGUCCGCGUCCGCAGGGGCAGGAUGACGGAGGUGCCGCUGGAGGGGGAGGUGAUCCUGUGCUGCUACCGCGCCGCCAACCCCUACUACUACAAGUACUCCGUGCACGGCCUCAACGUCUUCGCCGUCAACCUGCUGCCGCUGGUGGUGGUGACGCUGCUGCUGGGCUACCUGGACAGCCACAACCACCUGAGCAGCUCCACCCUCAAGUUCUCCCUGGCCCUGCUCUCCAUCAUGCCCCUGUCCUACUACAUCGGGAUGGCCAUCGCCAGCAUCUCGGCGCAGAGCACGUUCGCGGUGGGCGCGGUGGUGAACGCCACCUUCGGCUCCGUCACCGAGCUCACCUUCUACAUCAGCGCCCUGCUCAAGGGCUCCCGCGAGGGCAGCGCCUGCUACGCCGAGGUCGUCAAGUCGGCGCUGACGGGCACCCUGGUGGGCUGCGUGCUCUUCGUGCCGGGUCUGUGCAUGGUCAUCGGGGGCAUCCGGCACCAGGAGCAGCGCUUCAACAGCCGCUCUGCCGGCGUCAGCUCCGCCCUGCUCUUCCUCUCCGUGGGAGGAGUCUUUGCCCCCACGCUGUUCUCCAAGGUCUACGGGAAGCUGGUGUGCGGCGAGUGCCACAACGUCACCCAGAACCCGCUGGGCCACUACCUGUGCCACAACUGCCACUUCGACCUGAUGGACCACAACGGCACCCUCUACUACAGCCACGUCCAGCCCCUGGUGUACACGGUGUCCCUGCUGCUCCCCGCCGGGUACCUCGUGGGGCUCUGCUUCACCCUCAAAACCCACUCCCACAUCUACGACAUCCACGUCAGCGACUGCCACAUGCCAGGCCACCACCCCAGCCCCGUGGUGCACUGGUCCCGCUGGCGAGCCCUGGUCAUCCUGCUGCUCUCCACGCUGUGCAUGUCGGCCUGUGCCGACCUGGCCACGGAGCACAUCAGCCCCAUCCUCACCAACUCCACCAUCUCCCAGUACUUCAUCGGUGUCACCGUGCUGGCCAUGGUGCCUGAGCUGCCAGAGAUUGUCAACGGCAUCCAGUUCGCCCUCCAGAACAACCUGAGCCUCAGCAUCGAGAUCGGGAGCUGCAUCGCCGUGCAGGUCUGCAUGCUCCAGAUCCCCAUCCUGGUGCUCUUCACCAUCUUCUACCCCACCAACUUCACGCUGGUGUUCAGCGACCUGCACGUCUACGCCAGCAUGUUCAGCGUGGUGCUCAUGAACUACAUCUUCAUGGAUGGCAAAUGUGACUACUUCCAAGGCACGGUGCUGGUGAUGGUUUACUUCAUCCUCCUGGCCGUUUACUUCUUCGCCCCCUCGCCCAGCGGCUGCUGAGCUUCCGCCUCUCCCGACCCGCCGCGGCUUCCAGGAGUUCUCCGGGAUCUCAGGGACCGGCUCCGGGCUGGAAGCACCAUUCCCAGAGCUCCUGCUGCCGCCCGGCCCCUCCAGGGGGGCUUUGGGAUGGGUGGGAAGGGUUGGUGGCCGUGGAAUUGCUGCUGGGAUGAGUCACGGGGGUGUUUCCCCAGGGGCACUCCCAGCCCCCCUGACGUGCUCCCGAGGGAUGUUGUCCCUAAAGGAGGGGCUGGAAGGGGGUUCCUGGGACAGGCCCUUCCCUUGGGAAGUGUUGCACUGGGAGGAGGGGCCGGGGAAGGUGAUCCCAGGGAGGGAGUUGGGGUUUUGGGAUCACGGGGAGGGGGCUGUUGGGAGGCGCCCCGGGGGGUUCGGAGCAGUUUGGGCAUUAAAGCACUUUUGUACAGACCACACACGGGGUGGGCUCUCCUUCCACGGGCCUCGGGCACCUCAGGGGGCUAGUGAUGGGCUGGGGAUGGUGGCCACCUGGAGCCCGCCUCCGUUGGGCAGCGGGGAUGGCCUGGUUGGAGCAGGACAGAAUUCCCUGUCAGCGUUCCACGUCCCCUGUCUCAGCACCACCAAGCUCUGGGUUUCUCCAGGGCCUUCCCAAAGCUCCGUGUCCUUCCCAGCCUGGCCCUGUCCCCCUCAGGCCUUGUCCUUCCUUCUCUCCUGCCUCUCCCAGGGAGAAGUCAGGGAUCGCCUCCCCCCAGCAGUUUUUUGGGAUGGAUGAUUAUUGGAGCUCAGCACAAGCUCUUGGGAGCUCCCGGAGCACUUCAACACUCCUGGAGUGGUUUGGGUGGGAAGGGACUUUGGGAUCAGCCAGUUCCAUGGGCAGGGACACCUUCCACUAUCCCAGGUUGCUCCAGCCUGGCCUUGGACACUUCCAGGGAUCCAGGGGCAGCCACAGCUUCUCUGGGAAAUCCAUCCCAGCCCCUCCCCACCCUCCCAGCCAGCAAUUCCUUCCCAAUAUCCCACCUA